AUGGAUGUAAGAAAAAAGUGGACACAGGUUCAUGAACUUUUAUACAGACAUAUCUAUCGGUAUCAUUCUUCUGGUGACAGCCAGUUCAACUGGAUACCGCGAGCAGCGCAUACGCUGUGUAGCUCAUCCCUAUAUUGUGCAACCGCAGCGAUCCGCUGCUUGGAGUAGUGGAUGCCCAUUGGUAUACGAUAAACGUCCAGCGAUUGUAAGGAGGGUUGCCAAUUCGUAUGUAGCAGCACCAGCACAGUACGCAUGCUCGAUAUACCCUCAGAGAACGUGAAUGUCUCUAAUGUUAAUUGUAGAUCGAGCAAACGUUCUUUGUCGAUUUCCGAUCCGUCGAUGCGAAGUCUUCGCACGCCUGCGAACCCAGAUAGCGCCGAAAUAGUCUCCGGGUCGAUGCGUGUUAUAGAAUCAUGUUAUGAUUCUGAGGUGGACCUUCUUCACAGAACCUCCAAUGACCUUGGCCA